AUGAGCAAGAUAAAGAGGUUGACGUCUCCUCUAGCAGAGAGGUGCUAUAAAGCAAGCCAAUACUAAAUUUAGUAGUAAAAAAUAUUAAAUUUAGUAGUAAGUAAUAUAAGGUACUCACUAGCUAAAUUUCUUGAAUUUCCCUUGCUAGGGAAGCAAGAAAAUACUGAAACGAUCAGGGAAUAAUGAACUCAUCGAGGGUUUUUGCUAGAGAUCAUCAAGUUUUUUUGAGGCCUCACCCAUGUGAUCUGAAGCUUUAGCUCUUGAUUUUACAACCUAUGCAUUCCUGUGGCCAAGAUUUGCAUUGCUACCAAUAAUUUAGAACUAUUGCUCAACGCAAGAGUAUAUUAUGUUAAAUAGUGAUGGGGAUGGGGACAUGCCACGUCAUCAGUGUAUGCCACGCCAGCCAAGUAUCCGGCCACAUCAGCAUGGUUUACCACGUCAUCGUCGAAUGCCACAUCAUUCCUAUAAAAUAGGAAUGAGCUUGCAGCACGACGCACCUCCGUCGCGCGUCCUCAGGGUGCCGCCGCCCUUCUCGCCUCCUCCGCUUCACCCCUGAUGAGCCGCCUCAUCGUCGCCAUUCCUCUCCGGUGCCGCCGUCCCACCUUCCAGCAGCCUCAUCGUCGCCGUCUCCCUCCGGUGCCGCCGUCCCGCCUUCCCGCCGCCUCCGUCGUCGCCGCCUCCUGCCUUCACCGAUGACGCGUCCACCGCCACCGUUCACUCGCCGCCGCCCCGCCGCUAAAACGCCCGAAUUAGGAUUUCGGCAGCGACUCCCUUAAGGGGGACACUUAUUGGGCCUCACCCACCUUACCCGCCGGCCCAGCCAUCAGGCCCACCAAGCUAAUCCACCGCGUUGUCCCGCAUCAAAUAGUCUCAUGAUUGAGGAAGAUAUAUUCUUGAUGUAACUUCGGGAACAGUCGAAUAUUACAUCUUUUGCGCACUACGCCUCCUCAUCUCCCUUCUGUUUCUCCACCGCCGUCUGAUCUCAUCAAGAGUAAGGUCAGCAGUCGGUCAAGACUCCAGUCGAUUCGAUCUAGUGAUUUGGGUCAUCGUCUCCAAGGAGCUUGAUGUCCUGAAGGUUCAAGAGGACAUCGGCGUCCGAUUGGGCUACUGUCGCCCCGGCGAGGGCCAGGGCCCGACCCUUCCACGGCAUCUACACGACAGGGCCACCACCCUGCUGAGUGCCCUCUCCCAGAGGAGGUUCCUUCUUCUGCUGGACGAUCUGUGGGAGAAACUAGACCUCGGUGCUGUAGGCGUCCCAGACUCUCUCAGGAACGGAAGCAAGAUAGUCUUCACCACACGGUCACUGAAAGUGUGUAACGAGAUGGACGCUCAGCAGCGAGUCAAAGUCCCCCUUUUGAAUCAGGCGAGUUCUUGGAAGCUGUUCUGCCAAAGGCUGGGAAGGGGAGAAGACCAGUGGGAUCCCUCCAUGAAAUCUCUCGCAUCGGCAGUUGCUGCAAAAUGCGGUGGCCUGCCGCUCACACUCAUCACCGUAGGCCGGGGUAUGGCGGAUGCCACCACCCGCGGCGAGUGGGAAGAGGCUCUCAAGUCGCUUAAGGGUAUUCCUGCGAAGCUUGGUGACAUGAAGGAGGUUCUAACUCUUCUCAAGUUCAGCUUCGACAGACUGAAAGAUACAUCCGCCAGGGAGUGCCUCCUCUACUGCGCCCUCUUCCCAGAGGAUCACAACAUCGAUAUAAGUCAGCUCAUUGAGUACUGUGUAGAAGAAGGGCUCUUAGAAAGGGGACGCCAUCCCGACUCUAUUGAUAGAGCUCGUAAUCGCGGGCUCAUCACCGUCACGAGUCUCAAAGCUGCCUGCCUGCUAGAAGACGGGAACAACAGAGGACGAGAGGUAAAGCUCCAUGACACGGUCCGCGAGAUGGCCUUGUGGAUAACUAGCGGCGAAGAGGACGAAAAGAAUGUCUUUUUGGUGAACUCCGGGGAGAGGUUGACCCGCGUGCGGAUUCCGGAAAGAUGGAUGGAGUCAAGAAGGAUAUCGUUCAUGCACAACGAGAUAGGCGUGCUCCCUGAGGAGCCCAGCUGUGAUAAUCUGCAGACACUGUUGCUGAACAACAACCAUCCUCCAAGGGAAAUCCCCGGUGGGUUUUUCCAGUUCAUGCCGAGACUUCUUGUUUUAGAUCUGUCGAGAACAGGAAUAAGCUUUCUCCCCCCGGGAAUCGGGUCGCUGGUUGAACUGCAGCAGCUCAAUCUAUCAGAGACUUUCCUGGGAUCAUUGCCCGUGGAGGUAGGGAGGUUGACGAAGCUGAGACAACUGCGUUUGGAGGACGUCUAUUGUCUGAAGAGUAUCCCACGCGAGGCGGUCUCGUCGCUUUCAGGGCUGCAGUCGUUGAACAUUUUUAAGAGUUACUAUGAGUUGAGAGGAGGAUGGAAGGACGGUGGUAGCGAUUGUGUGAGUGAUCAUGAGGGGAGACAACUCUGUCUGAAAGACUUGGACGGCUUGGGGCAACUGACGGAGCUCGGUCUUUCUAUAACAGGCAUGACGCAUGAAGACAUGCAGGCUUUCCUGGACUCUCACGGGCUGUGCGCAUCUAUCAGAUUUCUAUGCAUGAAAGAGGUGGGAAGCUCGUCUUUUGAUUUGUCUGCUUGUCUUCAGGUUAUGAAAGGCCUGAGAACGCUUUUCAUUGAGCAUUCUACCCACUUGGAAGAGCUGAUCUUCAACACGAACCAGCCCUCGGAGUUGGAGGGUCUGACAUUGUUGCAGCUUCACCGAGCAACGAUAUCUUGGAAAGAUAGAAACGUGUUCGUGAGGGAUCUCAGCACAGGUGUCAUCUUCAAAAGCCUUCUGCAUCUAGAGAUUUCCAAAUGUGCAGCAUUGGAGGACAUCACAUGGAUCAGAGAACUGCCAUGCAUCGAGAUCUUCAGACUAAGCCGAUGCUUGAAAAUAGUAGAGCUGAUAGUAGUUCAAGAGGUGAUGAAUGGCGACGUGGACUAUGAAAAGGAUUCUUUUUUUCGCAAAUUAAAGGAGAUUUACUUGCAUAAUCUCGUCAGUUUGAGGAACGUCUGUAGGCAUCCCUUGUCGUUUCCUUCCUUGGAAAGAGUGGUAGUAUCACUGUCUAGCGCUGAAGAAGCUACCCUUUGGGCUCUCUAGUGCCAAGAACAUCAAAGAGAUCCGUGGUGAGUGAUGGUGGUGGAAUCUAUUAGAAUGAGACCAGGACGUCCGAUCCACAUUUGCACCUUAUUUUUCCCCAUUUUUUUAAUAUUACGAUUUUUCUAGGGACACCAGAUUUUCUUGCAUUUUAUGUAACAUCUAAGCAAUUCCAAGGUGAAGCAUGCAGUCAUUGAAUAGGAAACUAUGUGGAGAACAUGAGACUAAGAUGAUGAUUGGCUUCAAAAUGUCAAAUUAAUCGUGAAUAUGAUGAUCCAAAUAACCUUUUCUUGGCACCAAAAUGUAUCUAGUUACCUAACUUAGCCACUGUGCUAUAUGUCAUAUCAAAUUUGAUUAAGUCAUUGACCCAAUCAGAUGAAGCCUUGGAAAGUAGGCCAAAUAUAUAUCAUAAUCACAACAAUUCUAUUGAUGUGAUAUAUAGCUGAUAUUUCAUAACAAUGUGACGUGCAUUGGGUAUGGUUGUGAACAAAGUUUUUAUGCACACUAUUUAUUUAAGAAUUAUUUUCCCACUCAAUCUGAUGUAUGAAUAAAAAUAUGCUUAUAUUUCCAUUCUAUUCUUAUCAUACCUAAGUUAUCAUCAGUCAUUGAAGUUCUCUUGCACUUUAGAUGAAGAAGGUAGAAAGUUAUUCAAAAAUAGUAACAUUGAUCUUUAAUUAUUCCCAUAUAGUAGUGACUAAAUUUGGUAUACUCUAUAUGAUUUUGGAUUUAAUAUGACUGCAUCUUCUAUGAUUUCAAGCCUUCUCUCACAUUAACUAACCCUUAUACAAGUCUCUCAAGAAUGUAGUAUUGAGUAUUUGUAGUUUUAUUAUCUUUCAUGUUUCAAUGAAAAGGAGAAAAUGAUAAAAGUUGCAUUUUAUGAAGAAAUUAAAAAUAUAAAACCUUAUCCAAUAAAUAGAAAAAAGCAAUAAAAGGUAAACUAUGUAGUACAAACAAUUAAUCAUUCAAUUUUCAUUAGUUAUAACAUUAUGAAUGGUUGGUUUUGCAAUUUUUGAACACCAAAAAAUAUGAAAUGAAUUUCAUUAAAAUAAAUAAAAUCAAGCAUUUCUUCUCAAUAUUGGAUAUCCCUCCCCUUUGCCCCAUAACACAAAAAAAUUAUGCUUGACAUAAACUUUUUCAUAACCGUGCACAGAAAGUUUUACUGUAUUAUGCUGUACAUGCACAUUUAUAAAUGUUCAUCUCAGUUUCAUAACCUAUUGACAGAUAUGAUAAAUAGUUGAUGCAGUCAAUCUCUCUCUCUCUCUCUCUCUCUCUCUCUCUCUCUCACACACACACACACACACACACACUCCUUCACCACAAACUCUCUAAAACCUUACACUAAAUUUGAGUCUUAUAUUAUUAACUUUUAAAUUUCUACCACCAAAAUAUUUAUUUAAAUUUUAAUACUAUUUAUGCAAAACAUAAAAAGAUCAAGAAAACUUCACAAGGAAAAAUGUAUACUACUUUAAGUAGAUAAUAGAGGCUACAUUGGUAUUUCACUCUAUGAAAAUGUAGAUCAUUUUAAGAAAUAUUAUUAUCCUAGACUAGUUUCACUCCUAAAAAAUGGUAACUGAUAUUUGUAUUGGUUUCAAGGUAAGCUUGAUUAUAUAUCAACUGUAGAGAUGAGCUAGUUUUCUAUUGAUUUUUAGCAUUUUCUAUAUUUUUACUUAUUUCUAUUAAUUUCUAACAUAAUAGGUUGACCAAGUCAAACAUGAAUUGACAUAGAAGGUAUUGGAUCAACACAUACCGAUUUGGGCCAAGGUAGAUAGUCUUAAGUCAACAUAGUAUGUUAUUUAAUUAGCUAUCAACCAUCUGAAUGUUCAUACCUUCUCGCUUCCCUAGCAAGGGAAAUUUAAGAAUUUUAGGUAGUGAGUACCUUAUAUUACUUACUACUAAAUUUAAUAAUUUUUACUACUAAAUUUAGUAUUGGCUUGCUUUAUAGCACCUCUCUGCUAGAGGAGACGACAACCUCUUUAUCUAGCUCAUGCUGCUUAUUUAUCAAGAAGAAUAUCAAUUUUUGAGUAUAUUUCUGAUCCUCAACUAAGGUCAUUCACUCUGUAGUUGAAUGAAGAAAAAUGAAGCAAUUUUUCAUUGUUUCAAUAGAAUUUUGGUAUAUUUUCUCUGAAAUAAGUUGUAUUAUAAUAGAGAGUAAGUUAUUUAUUAUGAAAUAUGAUGUCCCUAGACUGAAAAAAUUUGGAAGUGAGAAUCAAUGAAGGGCAGGUUUCUAUGUUUAAGUAGUUUUGAUAUUGAAAAAAAAUCGAUGUUCAGUUGGGCUAUUCUCGCCCCAAACAAGACCAAGGUCAAACCCUCCUAGUGCAUCCAACCGACAUGGUCCUCUCCAAGAGGAAUUUCCUUCUGCUGCUGGACGACAAACUCUAUUUCUUUUACUUUAUACUUAUUUUUUGAUUUAUUGAAUGAUAGUUUGUGUAAUUUCAAGUUUUUCAAACCUUUUUUAUUUAAAUACAAUUCCGUUAGUUUUUCUAAAUUUUAAUUUGAUCAAUUAAAUCAUAUGUAAUUACUUAUGUAAAAAUUAUUAGAUGGAACUAUGUUAUGUCAAAAUCACAUUUAUCAAGGUGCUGAUGUCAUCUCAACAUCCACACUUAAAAUUUUCCAUUUAUAUAAAAUUUUAAAUAUAUUUUAUAUUCAUCAUUUAGUCUAUAAAUCAUAAAAACUAGUAUUCUUUAAAAACAAUUGAGGUAUUAUCAGAUAGUAUAUUACAUCUCUAUGAUCAAGUUAAAAAUUUAUCAAUAUUUUAAAAACCUUUUAUCUAAUUAUAAUUUAUUUAUUUACUAUAAAAUAUUUUAAAGUUUUAAAUAUUAAUAUUUUAAAAUUGUAUAACUAUUAAAUUUAUGCUAUUUAUUAUAUAAUAAUUAGGUCAUAUUAAAAAUUAUUCAGAAGUAUAAACAAUGGGAUUCAAUAAUGAAAAAAUUAAUAAAUCAAUUAUAUGAGUCUUUGUAAAAUAUGCUUUAAGACAAUAUGGUACUUAGUUGAUCAAAUUCUGACCAAAUAUUAUAUUUCUAGAAUAAAUGGAUGAAAAUAAGGAUGUGAAGUAAAGACACCUCAAAUGAAUGGAGACAUGCAUUGAGCACUUCAAGUUAACAGGAUGCAAAAAAAUAAAAGAUUUGAGAGUAGUUGAAGAGGUGAUGGAUGAUGAAGAUUUUGAAAAUAAAUAUUUUUUUUCCAAACUAAGGUUUAUUUACCUGCAAAGUGCACUGAAUGUGAGGAGGAGCAUGUGCAUACAUCUCUUGUUAUUUCCUUCCUUGGUGCUACUCUAAGUGGAUAACUGUCUUGAGCUGAAGAAGCUACUCUUUGGGCUCUCUAGUGCAAAGAACAUCAAAGUGAUCAGUCGUAACAAAGAAUGGUGGAAUCCAUUAGAGUGA